AUGGCCAAGAAAUAUAGAAAAAAAAAGAGAGAUCCCGAGUUAAAAAAGAACGGUAUUUCUUCAAGGAGUUAUAUUAAAGUCCUUAAAGAAGCUAUCCUAAUAAAUCUCGAGCCAGACAUGUUAUUUAUACAAGAUAAUUCUUUAAUCUAUACAGCUAAAAGGGUGAAGUUCGAGCUGCUACUAUAUUCACCAGAUCUUAACCCGCAGGAAAACCUUUGGUUCCCACUAAAAGCGAAGCUAAAUGAGCUGAGACCUGAUCUACUGGCUAGGAAAGGUGACCCGGAAGCAAUUGAAGCUGAGAUAGCCGAGUGGUUGCCUCGUGCUUAG